AAAUGGCAUCUCACAUUGUUGGGUAUCCCCGUAUGGGCCCAAAGAGAGAGCUUAAGUUUGCUCUGGAAUCUUUCUGGGAUGGCAAGAGCAGCGCUGAGGAAUUGGAAAAGGUCGCCACUGACCUCAGGGCAUCCAUUUGGAAGCAGAUGUCUGAUGCUGGGAUCAAGUACAUCCCCAGCAACACAUUCUCAUACUAUGAUCAGGUGCUUGACACAACCGCAAUGCUUGGUGCCGUUCCACCAAGAUACAAUUGGACUGGGGGUGAGAUUGGUUUUUCCACUUACUUCUCCAUGGCCAGGGGAAAUGCCUCUGUUCCUGCUAUGGAAAUGACCAAGUGGUUUGACACCAACUACCAUUUCAUUGUCCCUGAAUUGGGGCCUGAUGUGAAAUUUUCUUAUGCUUCUCACAAGGCAGUUAAUGAGUACAAAGAGGCUAAAGCGCUUGGUGUUGAUACUGUUCCAGUACUUAUUGGCCCUGUUACAUACUUGUUGCUGUCUAAACCUGCCAAGGGUGUUGAGAAGACUUUCCCUCUUCUUUCUCUUCUUGACAAAAUUCUGCCAAUUUACAAGGAAGUUGUUGCUGAGCUUAAGGCAGCAGGUGCUUCAUGGAUCCAGUUUGAUGAGCCCACCCUGGUGUUGGAUCUUGAGUCUCAUCAGCUGGAAGCAUUCACCAAGGCUUACUCUGAACUGGAAUCGUCUUUGUCUGGCGUUAAUGUUCUGGUUGAAACUUAUUUCGCUGAUUUACCUGAGGCUACAUUCAAAACCCUCACCUCCCUGAAAGGGGUUUGUGGUUUUGGUUUCGAUUUGGUUCGUGGAACAAAGACCCUUGAUUUGAUCAAGAGUGGAUUUCCUUCUGGAAAAUACCUCUUUGCUGGAGUUGUUGACGGAAGGAACAUCUGGGCUAAUGACCUGAGUGCAUCUCUCACCACCCUGCAGUCUCUUGAAGGCAUAGUUGGAAAGGACAAGCUUGUUGUGUCCACCUCCUGCUCACUUCUCCACACUGCUGUUGAUCUGGCAAAUGAACCUAAGCUGGACAAAGAAAUCAAAUCCUGGCUUGCAUUUGCAGCACAAAAGGUUCUCGAAGUAAAUGCUCUUGCAAAGGCAUUGACUGGACAGAAGGAUGAGGCAUUCUUCUCUGCCAAUGCUGAAGCUCAGGCUUCCAGGAAGUCCUCUCCUAGGGUGACCAACGAAGCUGUCCAAAAGGCUGCUGCUGCUUUGAAGGGAUCUGAUCAUCGCCGUGCUACAAAUGUUAGUGCCAGACUUGAUGCUCAACAAAAGAAGCUUAACCUCCCAAUCCUCCCCACCACCACUAUUGGUUCAUUCCCUCAGACCAUUGAACUCAGGAGAGUGCGCCGUGAAUACAAGGCCAAUAAGAUAUCUGAAGAGGAGUAUAUCAAGUCUAUCAAAGAGGAGAUAAGCAAAGUUGUCAAGCUUCAGGAAGAGUUGGACAUUGAUGUUCUUGUUCACGGAGAGCCAGAGAGAAAUGAUAUGGUUGAGUACUUCGGUGAGCAAUUGUCUGGAUUUGCCUUCACUGCCAAUGGAUGGGUGCAAUCAUAUGGAUCUCGCUGUGUGAAACCACCGAUCAUUUAUGGUGAUGUUAGUCGGCCCAAGCCAAUGACUGUAUUCUGGUCCACUGCUGCCCAGAGCAUGACCAAGCGCCCAAUGAAAGGAAUGCUUACUGGCCCUGUUACCAUUCUCAACUGGUCUUUUGUACGAAAUGACCAACCAAGGUUUGAGACCUGUUAUCAGAUUGCUUUGGCCAUCAAGAAUGAAGUAGAGGAUCUCGAGAAGGCUGGUAUUACCGUCAUCCAAAUCGAUGAAGCUGCAUUGAGAGAGGGUUUGCCUUUGAGGAAGGCCGAGCAUGCUUUCUACUUGGACUGGGCCGUCCACUCAUUCAGAAUCACAAACUGUGGCGUCCAGGACACGACCCAGAUCCACACCCACAUGUGCUACUCCAACUUCAACGACAUCAUCCACUCAAUCAUUAACAUGGAUGCUGACGUUAUUACCAUUGAGAACUCCCGUUCAGAUGAGAAGCUCCUCUCAGUCUUCCGUGAGGGAGUGAAGUACGGUGCUGGAAUCGGGCCCGGUGUUUAUGAUAUUCACUCCCCAAGAAUUCCAUCAACGGAAGAAAUUGCGGACAGAAUCAACAAGAUGCUGGCUGUGCUUGAAACCAACAUCUUGUGGGUGAACCCCGACUGUGGUCUCAAGACUCGCAAGUACACGGAAGUGAAGCCAGCCCUUGAAAACAUGGUUGCUGCCGCCAAGCUCCUCCGGACCAAACUUGCCAGUGCAAAAUGAGCUGAAUUAAUGCAUCAGUUGCAUGUUUUCCAAAUUUAAAGAAGAAGAUAUUUUGUGUGGUUCAAUGGAAUAACUGGGAGUUGCUGAUUUGAGUAGGAGGGUGUAGGCUUUUGUCCAGCCGGGCAUUUUAAUUUUUGGGCUUUUAUUGUUUCUUUCUGUUUCAAGUAUUAUUAUUAUAAUUCUGUAUUUGGAGGGAUACGGUCACUACAUGUGAAAGAGAAAGGCAAAAGUAAAAGUUUUAUUGUAUCCGAUGGUUACAAAUUAAAGAA